UGAAAGUGUGUUUACAUAGUGUACACCUUCAAGUUCCUGUGUCAUGCAUGCAGACCUCGACAUCAUUUUUCUAAGAUAGUAUGGCCGUCAGCAACAAAUGGGCAGUGCUCCCUGAUAUCGAUGCUGCACCUGAAGUAUAUGAGACGCCAGAACUCGCUGACGAUGUUUCCACCGCUCAGACAGGCACUUUGCGUACGAUAUCCGAAUCGCCAUCGGACGACGAAGCACUCCCCGGUCUAGACAGACAGCCUCUGGACAGAGACGAGGCGAGGCGCAGGUUUGAGCCCGCUCUCGUUGACGCUCGAGGGGUCGACUUCUCAGACAGCGUCGGGGGUUCUCGAAGGUCGUACCGCACCCGAUCCAGACGGCGGAGGAAGAGGCAAGACAAUGGUGGCAUUGAAGAGCUGGGCGACCUGAGUGAUGAAGACGACGGCGAGGAAGAGACCUUGGGCAGAAAACUCGCUCGCCUGAAGAGGGAGGCCGAAGAAGUCAGACUGGAACUGGAGAGACGGGAGCAAGAAAAGGACGACGGCGGCGAUGGUGAAUUCAAAGACAGCGUCGAGCAGCAACAUGCCGCCGCGGCGGAGGCCGACCACGUCGACACCGACGGAGUUGACCAACUCACCAGAGUUUUGGAUCAAUUGAGCGCAAAGACUGGGUUUCAGGCUGGCGGAGCUACACUCGAGAAUGAAUUCUUGUCAAAAGUGGACAAGUUGAGAAGAAGAGGCGGUGCACAAGAUACGAAAGAAACCUCAACUACUACAGGCACACAGCAGCAAGCGUCCGCACCACCAGCACCAACAACAACAUCGGCACUUUCAGCCGUGACAGCAUUCUCGGACAGACUGACGGCUCUGGAAGCCAGUCUGGGAAUCUCGUCUACAAACGCCCAGUCCCAAGCGUCUAUCCUCCCGACGCUGGACAGCCUCUCGACGCAAAUCACGGUUCUGAGCAAUACUCUGGCGCCAAGGUCCUCGUCGUCGACAACGACAACAGCUACCGCUGUCACACAGCCCACGCCCCUUCUCGACACGGUGUCUUCGAAACUACGAACCCUCAUCGCCGAAUCCGACAGGCUCACUGCUUCGCGUAAACAAGCCCUACAGGCUCUGUCGGAGCUUCACGAAGCCCGGAUGCGUAAUCUCAUGUCCCACACCAACACGAGGUCGCGCCGUGGCUAUUCCAACGCCUCGUCGACGCAGCAACAACAACAGCACACCGUGGCACCCGAGCAGCAGCAGCAGCCCGACGAAUCACUUCAAAUACAGUCGCAGCUGUUUCUGGACGAGCAAUCGUCCAAAAUCACGGCGCUGUACCAACUUCUCCCGUCCAUUCAAAAUCUGCAGCCAUUGCUCCCCGUGGUGUUGGAGCGGCUGAGGGCGCUCAGCAUCGUCCACGCGGGCGCGGCCGAAGCCAAGAACAACCUCGACGCCGUAGAGAAGAGACAGGCCGAGACCAGGGAGGAGAUUGGUCAGUGGAGACAAGCCGUCGAGGAUGUCGAAACGCGCAUGGCCGAGCUUGAAGAUACCAUGAAAGGAAACGUCAAGGUGGUCGGGGAUAUGGUUUCGGGCAUCGAGGGUAGAAUGAGUCGGUUGCAAAAGUGACCAUCAUUGGGGAUUCGAAUCAUAGUACCCGUCCCAGCGUAGGAUGGUCAGUCAUGUCCGGCCAGGCAGGUUCAAGGCAAUAUCCCACUCUCGCCGCUUUUCAAAAUAUACAACUUUGUCU